UCCAAAUUCUGCUCGGAACAGUGUCAGCCUGACUUUGUCUGACCAGUCGAUCGCAUGGAUGAUCGCACUGGCACAUCUUCAGACAGUGAUCGGUAGGCAGAGAUGACAGCGCAAUCGACGACAGCUUCACGGCCGCAGAGCGUGGCAUCGACCAAUCGCACGGAGAGCCUCGAGCAGAGUCCGGCACUCACGCUCAAGGACUCGAGCAGGACAGACGGACGCAUCCUCGUCGAGUUUGAACACGGCGAUCCAGAAUGUCCCUUUCACUUCCCUACACGGCGCAAGUGGACCAUAUGCGCCAUCAUCCUGCUGCAGAUGUGGAGCGUCACCAAUCUGUCAGCGAUCUAUGCAGCUGCCGUGCCAGGCAUAGCUCGAGAUCUGUCUGUGUCGCCAUUGGUAGCCAGACUGGGCCAGAUGAGCUACUUGUUCGGCUUCGCUAUCGGUCCCGUCGUCCUCACCCCCAUCGUCGAGGAUUACGGCAAGAAGCGCAUCUUCACCGUCUGCAUCCUCUUGUCGUACGCCAUGCUCAUACCUUGCGCACUCGCACAGAACAUCGGCACAAUGACGUCCGUACGCUUCAUCGCCGGCUUCUUCGCGAGCCCCAUCUUCAACGCGCUUGGCAAUCUGCCAGACAUGUUCUCUGCAUCUGAAUCGCCCGACGACUUCCAUCAGCUCGGCUGGCUGCUCAAUUUCUGGGCUCUCACUGCCGAGAUCAUCGUGCUCGCGCCGCUCAUGGGGGCCUAUAUCGCCGCCAACCCACGCUUGGGCUGGCGAUGGAUAUUCUGGCUGUCACUGAUCAUAGGCGCAGUCCUCCUGGUACCGUUCAUCCUCUUCGUACCCGAGACGCGUUCGGGCGUCUUGCUCCAUCGACGAGCAGCGCGUCUCAACAAGCAGUGGGCAAAGCAGCGCAACCUCCGAGGCGACAAGAGCGCGGCAUCAGAAACGACAGAGCAGGAGGAGCCAGUAGACACGCGGCUUGGGCCCACGCUCAUUCGAAAGAUUAGCAAGACGCUGCCUAUCGAUCAUCCCACGAGCGGUCCUUAUUACGCAGAGCAAGAUGAGCGGCCGCGCGACUUGCAGUCAGUCCUCGUCGAGACCUUAUACCGGCCCACACGAAUGCUCUUCACUGAGCCUAUCGUGUUCUAUCUUGCCAUCUGGGAUGGCCUCAAUUAUGCUAUCAUCUAUCUCAAUUUCGACUCGAUCGUCGUCGUCUUUGCAGUCUAUGGCUUCAACGAGACGAACGUCAACGUCUUACUCGUGGCCGUCUUUAUCGGCAUGCUCAUAGGGCUGUCUUGCUAUCCUCUGCAGCUCUAUGCCUAUAACCGGUCUGCUCGGAAUCAUGGUGGUCGCGCGCCCGUCGAAGCCAAGCUCUACUGGUCCAUACCCGCAGGCGUCAUCUUCCCCAUCGCUCUCUGGAUCUACGCUUGGACAUCUUUCGAAUCGAUUCCCUGGAUCGUGUCCACGAUCGGUCUGGCACUCUUUGGCAUAUCGAGUCAUAUCCUCUUCAUCGCCAUUAGCGACUACACAACAGACUCGUACGGCUACUAUGCAGCAAGCGCCAUCUCCGCCCAGUCACUCCUACGAGAGUCACUGGUGGCCAUCAUGUCGCUCGUAGGCGGCGCAUUCUACGACAAUGUCAACACACACUGGGCAACGUCCAUCCUCGCCUUCUUCGCCACUUUCAUGGCACUCAUCCCCGUCGUCUUCACUUAUUAUGGACCGACAAUACGCAAACGCAGUCCAUUUGCACGCGAGAUUGCAGAGCAAGAGGUCCUGUCUUUCGCAGCACUAGAAGCAAGACGGAAUACGAAAGCCGCCUCAGCAGACGCAGCAUAGAAGGCAGCAAGACGGCAUUGACAGACUGUAUCGCUAUCGAUAAGCAAGCUAGCACUAGCCAUAGAAUGUUUGUAUGACUACUGACACAUGUACGAACGAAUCACGAAUGCAUCAAGCGUGCGCCUCUC